AUGGCGAUGGACCCGCCAGCGCAGGUCUUGGUGGCACAGGAAGCGGAGAACGAGUUGUUCGUGAAGAGCGCGAAGCCUUGGCGGUCAUGUCGCGCCAAGGCUUUUGAAAGACAAUUCUUUGGUUGUUUUUGUUGCUAUUUUGUGGCCAACCUUUGCUUGAAUCUCAUGGCCGUACUUUGCAGCAUGCAAGGUGCUGGGCGGAUUCCAUGGGGCGAACUUGAGGUGGCGCAGGUUGCGCGCGGCAUUGUUCGUGAGCUGCCCUUGACGGCGGUUGAGCUGUUGGAGAGAGGUGAGUGGAAAGGUGGCAACAUCAUUGCCGUUGACUCGGCCUUGCAGCGGGCGAAUGCAGCUGAGUGUGCCACCAAUUUCCAUUACCUGAAACCGGUUUUGGAACACUCGCCGGACAAAGUGCCCAGUGGCUAUUUCCUCACGGACGUCUUUCUCUACGUCGACUUGAUCUUCAAAGGGAACCUGCUGGUUAACCCGAGCCCGGACCAGCAGAAGGACAAAAUGACCAUUGCAGCUGAGGAAGCUGUGAAGCUGAAGCGGCUCGUGAGUACGAUUCGUGGACUCUGGCGCUCAUCAGAGACAGGGAACCAUCCCAGGGUAUCAGAACUCAAAUCGAUGCUGCGCCCAAGCCCCCGAAAGGUCACUGUGGUUUGA